CUCUCUCUCACCCAAUAUCUGUGCGCCCUUCCUUCUACGUUCGGGGAAGCCAUUUGAUCGGUCUCGAGAGUGUAUGUCUGGUGGGAAUGGGAGAAUCCUCUGCUUCAAAACCUUGUCUUGAAGCCGAUAUAUGGGCUAAGCUUGUUCCAGCACAUUCGAUGUACUCGGUUGUUGACAUUAGAUCAAAUGAGACGGUUGUCUACUCAGAGAUCUCAUGCUCUUCUGAAAACAAGCAUGAGUGGUGCAAAAUAACUCGGAGUUUAAAUCAAUCUUCUGCUAUGAUUCAGAACAAGAGCUCAUCCACGAUUCUAAUUGAUGGAGCGACUGUUCAAAGUGAAGACAUUAUGCUCAUACAGUCUGGCUCUGAAAUCAUUCCGGGGCCUGAUAGAGAAGGCCAUCUGAGCUAUAGGUUUGAAACGAUCCCCACUGCAGAGCGGUGUGAGAAGCGCUUAAAGAUCUCUAUAGACAUUGAAAAUGCAAAAUGUGGCAUUUGCUUGAACAUAUGGCACGACGUCAUCUCCGUUGCCCCUUGCCUUCAUAACUUCUGCAAUGGAUGCUUCUCUGAGUGGCUAAGGAGAUCUCAAGAAAGACGUGCUACCGUACUCUGUCCCCAAUGCAGAGCAGUUGUGCAGUUUGCUGGGAAAAAUCACUUUUUACGUGAGGUUGUGGAGGAUAUCCUGCAAGCUGAUACUUCCCUAGGACGGUCUAAAGAAGAUGUUGCCAUUUUAGAUUCACACGCGUUGAUCCAAUCAAAUCUGGUUAUAAGCAGUGGAAGAAAACGUAAAAGACCUCACUUGGCAGUGGAUGAGCAAACUUCUGGUCCUGACCUUUCAUGCCCACAAUGCGGCACUGAAUAUGGUGGGUUUCGCUGCAAUCAGGAUACCGUCCACAUACCAUGUCAAGUAUGUGGAGGAAUGAUGCCUUCCAGAUCAAACAUUAGUGUACCACAACAUUGUUUGGGAUGCAAUAGAGCAUUUUGUGGUGCUUAUUGGCACUCUCAAGGGGUUGCGAGGAUUGAUGGUCACCCUCUCUGCACGUAUGACAGUUUUAGACCUAUCAUGGAGCGGUCUAUCUCAAGUAUUCCAUUCACUGCGCAUGAAACAAAUAGAUAUGAGCAAGAUAUCACGGAGAGGUCAAUUAGACAACUGGGAAGAACACUCCAAGAUGUUAUCUCUGAAUGGAUUGGCAAAUUCGACAAUCGUGAAAUUGAUCGAUCCAGGAUGCCACUUAAUCAUGCUGAUGUCAUAACUGCUGCAACACAUAUAUGCAAUGAUUGUUACAACAAAUUGGUAUCCUUCCUCUUGUACUGGUUUCGCUUUUCAAUGCCUAAAUACCUUCUACCCCGGAUGCAUCCAAGAGAGAAGAUUGUUGGUAUGGAUAUGCAUGUCGGACGCAGCACCACAGUGAGGAACAUGCUCGGAAAAGAAAUCACGUUUGCCGUCCAACCCGAGGGACUCAUCCAUAGGCGUCGUGUUGUGAGUGCAUCCUAUCAGUCUGGCUGAAAGUUGUAUAUACUACUAUGCAGUAGGUCUCCCAUAAACGUGUUUGCAGUUUUUGUCUCUUCAUAGUUUAUUUGGUUGCAUUUUGUGUGUGCAUCUUGGUCAUGUGCAUGCUAGGAAACAGAACGUCUGAUGGAUGCUUUUGGGUUUUUUCUUUCAUUCAGAGUGAGGAGAAAAAUCAUGUGUUCCUGCGAUGUCAACCGACUAGUCUGAGAGACACAUUUGCAGUUGGAGAAUACACACUAAUUGCUGUUGAGGUCUGAUCUGCAACCUAUGAUCAGCAUGAUUUGGACAUAUUCCGAUUUGUAAAUCUUAAAACUGAAAAUCUGUUUUCUGAGUGAUAUCUGUUUUAAAAGCCCCAGGUUUUGCUGUAGAGGAAU